AUGAUAAGUGGUGGAGUAAACCUGGAAGAGUUGCAGCUUGCUCAGUGUACUUUGGAGAUAACUCUGUCCCCUGCAAACCUUCACCAUGGUCGACGCCUUCUGUGCCACCUGGAAACUGGUCGAGAGCGAGAACUUUGAUGAGUACAUGAAAGCACUUGGUGUGGGCUUUGCCACCAGGCAGGUUGGUAACGUGACCAAACCGACCGUCAUCAUCAGCCAGGAGGGAGACAAGGUGAUGAUCCGCACCCAGAGCACCUUCAAAAACACCGAGAUCAGCUUCACGCUGGGGGAGGAGUUCGACGAAACCACCGCCGACGACAGAAACUGCAAAUCCACAGUGACUCUGGAUGGGGACAAACUGGUCCACGUCCAGAAGUGGGACGGCAAAGAGACCAAGUUCGUCAGAGAGAUCAAAGACGGCAAAAUGAUCAUGAAUUUGACCUUUGAAGACAUCCAUGCGGUGCGCACCUAUGAGAAGGCAUGAGAGCUCCACCUGACAGCACCACGAACCGGACAACCCGCCUCCAUUUUAUUAUUAUUGUGGACUGUUUGCUCUUUGCACUUCAUUCUCCUCCACAUGUAAAAGAUCUGCAAGCUGCACAUGUUUUGUAAAAUGUUUUUUUUUAUAUGAAUACAUUUCUGUCAUGACAAAUGGAACGACUUUGCAACUCUGUGUAAGACAUGAAAUAAAGAAAUGAAACGUC